UAUUGUUGUAAUUUUUAUUUGUGGCCAAUUUAUUCAAAAAAGAUAAGACACCCACCACACAUUUACUACCAUUACCACUGCACACCACACAGCUUCUUUCCCUUCCCUCAUUUGAAUUUGGCACCAAUCUUAGCAUUUAAAAAAAAUAAAAAAAAAUAAAAAAAUUUGACACCAAUUAGCCUUCUAAUGACCGCCAUGGGCACGGCUUCCGUCAUCCAUAACGGCGUCCACAUCCAUCUGAAGCUCAAUUCCCGACGGCCUAGGCUUUCAUUGCCAUAUCCAUCCCCAAAUUGGAGUAGGCCCCACUUCUUUCACCAUCACAUCGUUUCCGUCCGUACAGGUGGCCAAUCUGCGCCGAUUGCACGGUCUAGAGCAAUUGAGCAGGACGAUGAUUUAUCCACCUCAGAAGAAAAGAGGGGCGAUUCUACACCACGUGAUGGCAUUAGUAAAGUGGAAAGCUCUCCUGAUGAAGCUCCGAAGAAAAUUAAGGGACCCGAAACAUAUGCUGCUUCAGUAAGAACUGUAGCCUUGUGGGUUUUUGCCGCGGUUGCAUUUGGCAUUGGUGUAGGAUUUAAAGAAGGAGUUGACAAGGCAACGGAAUUCUUUGCUGGGUAUUUACUGGAACAAAGCUUGUUAGUAGACAAUCUGUUUGUCUUUGUUCUAGUUUUCAAGUACUUCAAGGUGCCACUUAUGUAUCAGAAUCGGGUACUUUCAUAUGGUAUUGCCGGAGCAGUGGUCUUUCGUUUGACAUUAAUUCUCCUUGGAACAGCUACACUUCAGAAGUUUGAAGUGGUAAAUCUUUUCCUGGCCGCAAUACUCCUUUACUCAUCUUUCAAGCUAUUUUCCAGUGGGGAAGAUGACACUGAUCUAUCCAACAAUUUUAUUGUGAAGACAUGCCAGAGAUUCAUCCCAGUCACAUCUAAUUAUGGUGGGAAUCGAUUCUUUACAUUUCAAGAUGGUGUCCGGAAGGCCACACCUUUACUUCUCACAGUAGCAGUUAUUGAGCUCAGUGACAUAGCAUUUGCUGUCGACUCUAUACCGGCAGUUUUCUGCGUUACUCGGGAUCCUUUUAUAGUUUUCAGUUCUAAUCUUUUUGCCAUCGUUGGUUUAAGGUCGCUUUACACACUUAUUUCUCAGGGUAUGUCAGACUUGGAGUAUUUACAGCCAUCAAUUGCUGUUGUUCUGGGCUUUAUCGGGUGUAAGAUGAUCCUGGAUUUUUUUGGGUUCCAUGUAUCAACCGAGGUGUCUCUUGGCCUUGUAGCUACAGGUCUUAGUGCUGGGGUGCUGUUAAGUCUAAUGAAGAAGUCUGACUAGUUUAAGGAAACCAUUCAAGCUCAGGGCAGGUGAAAAAAUCUGAACUUUUUUUAUUUUUAUUCUCGCUUGAACUAUUUUUCUUUAGUUCUUCGUUUUUAUUAUAUUUUUGGCAUUUAAUCUUGCCUUUUUUCUAUCAACAAUUGUUGUUAACAGUUAUGCAAUAACAACCAUUCAAAUUCAGUAAAAAGAAAAUUUUCAGAUAACUCUUUCGGCACAAAAUGUGUACUGAGAAACCAUCAACAAGAGGGGAAAACGCAGUUUGAGUUGAAAGUCAAUGUCGGAUAUAACCAGAAAAUGGUGGCGAUUAUAUAAUACACGUAUCAGAAACCACUAGCAGAAACUUUGUGGACGAGAAAGUGAUUUGCCUUUCUUAUUCUUCUUCCCUAUGGUCUGUGAUUCAUGAACUCACGCAUGAGAUGUGAAUGCUUUUGUUAUAGUAAUAGUGAGAAAAGCAAUGGCGGAAAUCUUGCAAGGUUGAAGGAAGAAGAUUUUUCUUUCGUGGUCAUGUCCCGCAAAGCGUUUGGCCAUGAAUUAUGUGAAGAGUUAAGUUUCUCUUAGUCCAACAACGAUAGACCGGCAAAGGCGUCGCAAUUUCAUCAACGAUGAGAUCUAUGUUUGGGUAAAUCAUGUAAGUAGCAGCUUUCUUUUGGUUGUAAUGAGAAGCAGAUGGAUGGAAUAAUUCAAUUUUGUAGCUUAAAGUAUACAGAUGUCAUUUACUCGUAUUAUAAUGUGAAUCAGUAACACAAUUUGGUGGCAUGAUGUUCAUAUUCAACUAGUUCAGGCGCAAGCAAAACCUAAAGAAUUUCUUUCCUCAACUAUUUGUACUGUAUCUGAAAUGAACUUUGGCUAUUCCCAUUCCUCAA